UUUAUUUUGAAACACCGCGGAAACCCCGGAAGUAAAGCACCGAUCCAGCACUUAUUUACAUUGUCAUCAAUAUUUGCAAAGCAGUGCAGAACAAGCAGUUUUAGUUUACUACAAUUGUUUCUAAAACCGCAAUGCCACCAUAUACGAGAUGACAGUGCCAGUGGUGAACCUUUCUUUUGCUGCGUGUGGAUUCCUGGGUAUCUACCAACUGGGCGCAUGUGGAGCCAUCCUGAGACAUGGAGGCAAGCUGGUGAGCUCUCUCAGGGCAUGUGCCGGGGCAUCUGCUGGAGCUCUGGUGGCUGCAGUGAUGGUCACUGCUCCAGACAAACUAGAGAGUGUCAAAGAAUUUACCUUCAGAUUUGCGAAAGAUGUCAGAAGCCAGAGGCUUGGAGCUGUGACUCCUGGAUAUAACUUCAUGCUUACACUCAGGGAGGGCAUCGAAGAGUUUCUGCCUGGCGAUGCCCACAGUAAAGCAGGCAAUCGCCUUCACAUCUCUAUAACACAUUCAAAAAGUGGCAAGAACACCAUCGUGUCCAGCUUUGCCUCCAGGGAGGACCUCAUAAAGGCACUCUUGGCCAGUAGUUUUGUGCCUGUCUAUGCUGGAAUCAAACCGGUGGAAUGGCAAGGACAGAAAUGGAUUGAUGGGGGAUUCACGGAUAGUCUCCCCAUCCUGCCAGAGGGACGUACUAUCACAGUCUCCCCCUUCGCAGGUCCCCAAGACAUCUGCCCAAAACACAGAGGGCUCAUGAACCUCCACCUCAAACUGGCCAACAUGGACGUAAUGUUUUCCAAGGAGAACAUCAUCAGGUUAAACCAGUCCUUAUUCCCUCCAUUAGAGGAAAGGAUGAACCAGUAUUGUAAAGAGGGUCAUGACGAUGCAGUGAGGUUUCUGAAGAAUGAAAACUGGAUCCAGUAGUGUUGUAUUUCAAUUGAGUAUUUUUAUUUUUAUUAUAGUGUUUUUACUUUUAAAUAUGGUGGAAUCACAUUAUUUAUUUUCGAUUUUAAAGUGUGUAAAAUAAAGAAAAUACAAUCAUUUAA